CUCUCCGCUCUAACGUGGGAUGCGUAAUGGCGGAAAACUCAAGUUGUUAGCUACGAACCCAGUAUGUGAGAUUAAUGCUUUUAUAGAUAACAUACACCAUGCAGUGCGAACACCGAUUGCGUGUACUGUUUACCCAUAAGCAGCGCUGUGUACACUGUCUGUACAUGAUGGAAACUCUGCUAAAGUAAAAAAGAAGACUUCUCUUAACCCCAACCAUUAACCAAGGCGGAUACAUCUACAUUAGUUCAAAAAAGCAGAAAUGGAACAGUUAUCAGACGCUGAUCAGUGUGCAGUUGAGGAACUUUCCAAGCCAUCAGAAGCAGAAGGCAGUGGCAAUGGAUCAUGCACAUCCACCGAGGGCACCGCAGGUGACCCCAGCAUCAAACAGUCACCUUUGGGCAAAAGAAAGCGACCUCAGGAGGAAGAGGAUGAUGAGGAAUCCCCCUCAAAGAAACUGGUCACAGAGGAGGGGCAUCACAGCAAGAAAGUGGCUUCCCACUAUAACUCGCUGCAGGAGUGUGGUUUAGCCGAGCGAAGUAGGAGCAGAAUUGUCCACAUGCGGAACUUCAACAACUGGCUGAAGAGUGUCCUCAUAGGUGAGAUCCUGGAUAAGGUGCGUCAGCGCCAGAGAGAGGUGUCUGUGCUGGACCUGGGCUGUGGGAAAGGAGGAGACCUUCUCAAGUGGAGGAAGGGCCACAUCAACCGACUCGUCUGUGCAGACAUAGCAGCUGUGUCGGUGGAACAGUGUCAGCAGCGCUACAAUGACAUGAGGAGGAAGUGUCACCCCAAUGAGCGAAUAUUCUCCGCCGAGUUCAUCACAGCCGACUGCACCAAGGAGCUGCUGUCAGAGAAGCUGUCGGAUGAGAGUCUUCAGUUUGAUGUGUGUAGCUGUCAGUUUGUGUACCACUACUCAUUUGAGACCCAGGAGCAAGCUAACACCAUGAUGCGCAAUGCCUGUGAGAGGCUCCGGCCCGGGGGCUUCUUCAUCGGCACCACACCCGACGCCUAUGAAUUGGUAAAGCGUUUAGAAACAUCCGACACCAACUCGUUCGGGAACGAGGUAUACAGAGUCACUUUCCAGAAGAAAGGAGACUACCCUCUCUUUGGCUGCCAGUAUGACUUCAAUCUGGAGGGUGUGGUUGAUGUCCCAGAGUUCCUUGUCUAUUUCCCAAUGUUCGAAGAGAUGGCAAAGAAGUACAACAUGAGGCUAGUGUACAAGAAGACCUUCCAUGAGUUUUUCCAAGAGAAAAUUCAGAACGAGCAGAAUAAAUCCCUGAUGCAGAGGAUGGGAUCACUGGAGCAAUACCCAGGUGGUGAUGGGGGUAAGCUGGCUUCUGAUAGGCCAGAGGAGUAUGAGCACGCCAAGAUGCACUCUGAACAAGAAAACACCAGAAUGCCACUGGGAACUUUGAGCAAGUCUGAAUGGGAGGCCACAAGCAUAUACCUGGUGUUUGUGUUUGAGAAAAUGUCCUGAAAAUGGAAGAGCUCGACAAGUGGAUGAUGCAAGAGGACUGUACUGAUUGAAUUUUUCUUUUCUUUUAAAAAAAGCAGCAACUUUUCUCUUUUCUUCUUUAGUUGAUGUAUUUGGCUUGUACAAAGAUUGUCUGCACAGUGUUUACCUCGAAGAGAUGGGGUCAAAAACAUUUUUGUACGAAAGCCAUUGUUUUUUUGUGUUUUGGAUUAUGGUUAAGAUCAUGACAUACCUCAAAUGACGAUAAAUAGCAAAUAUACUGUAUAUGUAACCUUCGCAUGUGUAUGGCAUAUGACACACACACACACACACACACACACACACACACACACACACACACACACAAAAAUCACACAAAAUGUAACUCCUUUGAGCACCUCUAUGCUACCAACAUCAAUGCUGUGAGUCAUGUUCAGCUGAUGCUCAAAGACGUAGCAAAAAUCUUUUGAAAUCGUUACUGAUUGCGCAGUACGCGCUCUGGGCACGCCACAUUAAAAUCAAAGCAAACCUAUAUGCUUUGUUGCGCAUCAGCAAAUGGUAAACACACAACGUGGUGGAGUGUGAGCUGCCCUCGGCCAUUUAUCUCAUGGUAUCUCAUGACCGAGUGCAUUUUCCAUGGUCAUCAUGAAGUGGCCCGUCUUCGUCAGAGCCACAUAUUUGUUUUCUAUGUCAGGACAUACACGAGAUUGUGAAUAAGAAACAUGUCUGGGCUUCAUUUCAAAGGAUGUGUUUGAUGCCUCUAAUGUGUUAGUUGUUUUCCAGGGUUUAUUGACUGUAUGUAUGUGGGAAGUGGGAUGACCUUGCUAACAGGUAAAUUCAAAAACAGUGUUUUGUAGAUGUACGUCAUUAGACUGUCAAGAUCCAAUUAAAUGACUAAUGCCAUUUAAUACACCA